AUGGCAACGUUGCAAGUGGCAGGAAAUUCAAAAUGCUCUGGGACGGCAAUCAGAUGCCAUGGAUAUAAGCCUCAGCUAUAUCCAAAUGUGACCGAGUUAGAGAUAAAUGAAGGAGAAACUCUGAACAUUACGUGCACAAGCAAUGGCUACGUUAAUUUUUAUUUUCCCACCAACAAUACACGGGGUAGAACGACCUCUCAACCCGACAUAAUACCAGACGGAAGAAGCACCAACAAGACAUUUAUAAGAUCAUCAACAGUUUUUGGAGACACCGGCUGGUAUUGUUGUGCUGAUGAAAGCAAACAAAUAACAAGCAUGACGGUCAAAGAUCACAAUGAUUCACAUGUUACUUGGAUGUACGUUUACGUUAAAUCCAGUAAAAAUCCAUUUGUGCAUGAACAUGAAGAAUGGGAUUAUUUGUAUGCUUUUGGAUGUAUUGGAAAUAUAAUUUUACCAUGCCAGACGACUUCUCCUGAAUUUAAAGUUACUUUAAAAAGACACCAAAAUGUAGUUGAACUUGAUGAAAAGACAACUUUUGAUCCCAAAAUAGGUUACAUUAUGCGGGAUACGAAAGAAAGGUUUAGGGGAGUAUUUACCUAUUCUAACAGUGCUUAUAUUAAUCUGACGUCUGUUGAGAAAACAAUUUACAGAUUACGUGGUGAAUCUGUUACUUUUGUGGCUAACGUCUCUGCAUGUCCAAAACCUAUUUUAAAGUGGGUGGAUAAUUAUGGUGGAAAUUUCAUGUUUAUAACUUAUCCAUUGAAGCUAAUAUCCUACAACCAAACAACAAGUAGCUUACACAUGGAUGAUAUUAAAAUGAUUAAUGAUGGAAUGUAUACACUAAUGGCUGAAAGCAUUGCAGGACGAAGAAACAUAACGUUUCAUCUUAAAGUUCUUGAUGGUAUUCCUAAUAAGGCUUAUGGAAUUAUUCAGCCAAAAAAGAAGUUUCGUGAAGGUCAAAAUAUUUCUUUGAUAUGUUACGCUGUCAUUCACGAAUAUUCUGAGGUAUAUUGGCGUGAUGACACAUGCAAAAAAGUUAUGGAUUCUGAUCGAAUUCAUGUCACGUUUGAAAAAACUAACUAUACUUACCGAGCUAUUCUGUCGAUCAGUAAUUUAAGUUAUUCGGAUGAAAGGGAUUAUUAUUGUAUAGGAAUAUCAUCGUACAGACAAUAUUCAUUUAAUACAGAAUCUCCAGAGAAAUAUUCUCUUAAAAUCAAUGUUCCAGCUUACUUUCUUCGUGGAAAUAUGAAUGACGUUUCAAUAACACGAUUUGCGAAAGACCCUGAAAAUCCUAUCUAUUUAUCAUGUUACUUUGAAGGACUGCCAACACCUAAUAUAACUUGGUUCAAAGAUGGAACAUCUUUGAAGUCAUCAAAACAGUUUACUUUUAAGGAGAGAAAUCAAAAAUUAAUGAUAAGAUACCUGUUGGAACGCGAUAGUGGAAAUCAGAAACUUUCCCUCUGGAUUGGAAUGAUCAUGUGGCUUAUUACAAUCAUUGCAUUUCUUUUAAUUCACUUUUAUUUAAAAGCCAAACAUAGGAAGUUUAAAGAAAAACAGCUAUUAGAAGCUUGUUGUACACAUUCAGAAGACGGAGCACUUGAUUUGAUAAAUCCAGAAGUCACUGUAGAUGAUCAAACAGAGCUCCUAUCAUAUGAUAGAAGAUGGGAAUUUUCUCGACAGAAAUUAAGAUUAGGAAAAAAAUUGGGCAGUGGAGCUUUUGGAGUCGUAUACAAAGCAAAAGCUAAUGGAAUUAUUGCUGAUAAGUCAAUUUCAACUGUGGCUGUAAAAACUGUCCGCAAAAAUGCAGAUUUAAUGUAUAUUAGUACACUGGCAAAGGAACUCAAAGUUAUGAUUUAUCUAGGACAGCAUUUGAAUGUUAUAAAUCUUUUAGGUGCUUGUACCAAAAAUAUAGCGAAACGUGAACUUUUGGUGAUCGUUGAGUUUUGCAAAUUUGGGAACUUGCAAAGCUAUCUUUUGUGUCAUCGAAAAAGUUUCAUUAAUCAAAUUGAUUUAGAUACGGGAAAAAUAAAUCCACGUAAAGAUAAAAAUAUUCAAAGGACAGUACACGAAAUUUCUAACAAUCACAGAACGACCUUGUGCGAUAGCAGUCCAAGCAAUAAGCCAAACAUUUACAACAUAGAAGCUCGUCCAAUUGAAUCCAAUUAUUUUAGUAAUAAUGACACCCAGCCAGAGUGGCGUUCUAAUUACCAAGGGGACUACAUUGAUGAAGAUGUUGUCUUCCUCUGCACUGAGGAUCUUUUGUUAUGGACUUAUCAGGUGGCAAACGGCAUGGAAUAUCUUUCAAAAAAAAAGGGAAGCAUCUAAGUACUGCAUUGUGACUUAGCCGCGAGAAAUAUAUUAUUGGCAGAAAAUAACAUUAUUAAGAUAUGCGAUUUUGGUCUGGCAAAGACAUUGUACAAAGACGAAAACUACAAAAAGCAAUGCGUUGGAAAGUUUCCUGUAAAGUGGAUGGCCAUUGAGUCCAUCAGAGACGGGGUAUUUUCAACUAUGUCGGAUGUGUGGUCAUUUGGUGUAGUUCUAUGGGAACUUUUCACCCUCGCAGACAUACCUUAUUCAGAUAUAGAGUUUGAGGAGAUGUUUAAGAAAUUAAUCAAGGGGUACAGAUUAGGGCAGCCCAUUUAUGCUACCAAAGACAUUUACGACAUUAUGCUACAUUGCUGGGAGGAAGAGCCGAUUUUGAGACCAUCUUUCACAAUGCUGGUUGAAAGCAUUGGAAAACUUUUACAAGAUAAUGUCAAAACACAUUUCUUAAGACUUUAUCAUGAGUACGAAAAUUUUAACAGGAAAGACCUGUUUGAAACAAAAGAAAAUAAUUUAUCCACCACAUCAUUACCAGAUGAUAUAACGAUUCCAUUAAUCCGACAAAACUACUUAAAUUACACCGAAAACCCGAUAUUAGCUCCCAACUGGCAUGUAACAAGGAUGGUUGUGUGCUACGAGUUGUGGGUAUUUAAGGUAGACCUAUUCUUGAAGCACAAAGGGUAUCCAAAAUUCAGAACAAUUUUAAACAUCGUUCAAGAAAAACAAGACGAAGAAUUUGGUUUAGUGAAUCUCAUAACGUCUGAGCUUAUUAUAAACAAUGUUACAAACGAAGACAAAGGUAGUUACACUUGUAAAUUGAGAUCUUCAUUCCAAGAAACUAAGAGUUUUGAUAUUAACGUUUGCCUAUUUCAAACUAACAAACCGUUCAUAAAUUUAACGUCUUACAAUCCAAUUACAUUUUCUGAGGAUGGUGAAUCAGUGACUUUCUUGGCUCUUGUUGAUGCAUGCCCCCACCAACUUUUGAGUGGAUUCACCCACGAGGAUAUAAGAUUCUACCCUAUUAUAGAGGCAUGA